CUAUUUCCUUUGGUGGAACUCUAUGGGGAGAGUCUCUAGAAUCAGAAGAAAAACGCCCAAAUAAUCUACACAGAAUCAUCUACCGAUUAGAAUCACCUCGAAUUUUUCAGAAACUCUCUGGGCAGUGAACAGCCAACUCACAACAGGCUCUGUCCAGGUCACGAUAAAAGAUACGGACGCUAAUUAGCAACAUAUUUUAUUCUUUUAAGCUUGAUUUCAAAACUACAGCAAUGCCGUAAGCUUUAGGCUACUCAGAUGUUCCUUUUUUAUCUUAAUGAGAAAGGUUUUAAUGAUAGGAACUUGGCGACAUGGCGCUGCCCUUUCUGGAGUUGGUAUGUGAUAAAAGGUCCUAGCAGUGCCAUGUAUUGGAAGAGCGAUCAGAUGUUUGUGUGUAAACUGGAAGACAAGGACAUUCCUGCGCUUGGUAUUUCCACUGAGAAGUGCCCGGGGCUCAUGGCCGAGGCGUGCGGGAGAGCCGCGGCCCUGGCGGGGGGAAGGCGGCGGCGGAAGGGCGCCGGGGAAGGGGCGCUGGUGAGCCCCGAGGCAGCCGGGGACGAGGACUCCUGCUCUUCCUCCGCCCCGCUGUCCCCCUCCUCCUCGCCCCGGUCCAUGGCCUCGGCCUCCGGCUGCGCCCCCAGCAAGUGCCUGUGCAGCAGCUGCGGCCUGGAGAUCGUGGACAAGUACCUGCUCAAGGUAAAUGAUCUCUGCUGGCAUGUACGCUGUCUCUCGUGCAGUGUUUGCAGAACCUCUCUAGGAAGGCAUACCAGCUGCUACAUCAAAGAUAAAGAUAUUUUCUGCAAACUUGAUUAUUUCAGGCGGUAUGGAACCCGUUGUUCUCGUUGUGGUAGGCACAUCCAUUCUACUGACUGGGUCCGAAGGGCUAAGGGAAAUGUGUAUCACCUAGCAUGUUUUGCCUGCUUCUCCUGCAAAAGACAGCUUUCCACUGGAGAGGAGUUUGCUUUGGUUGAAGAGAAAGUCCUUUGUAGAGUACAUUAUGAUUGUAUGUUGGACAAUCUAAAAAGAGAAGUUGAAAAUGGGAAUGGGAUUAGUGUGGAAGGAGCAUUACUAACGGAACAAGAUGUUAAUCAUCCGAAACCAGCAAAAAGAGCUCGGACCAGCUUCACAGCGGAUCAACUCCAGGUUAUGCAAGCACAGUUUGCUCAAGACAACAAUCCAGAUGCACAAACGCUCCAAAAACUGGCAGAAAGAACAGGCUUGAGCAGGCGUGUGAUACAGGUGUGGUUUCAAAACUGUAGAGCACGCCAUAAGAAACAUGUUAGUCCUAAUCAUUCAUCGACUGCUCCUGUCACAGCAGUUCAGCCCUCUAGGCUGUCUCCACCAAUGUUAGAAGAAAUGGCAUACUCGGCAUAUGUACCCCAAGAUGGGACAAUGUUAACUGCUCUACAUACCUACAUGGAUGCUCAUUCACCUACAGCACUUGGACUCCAGCCCUUGCUACCCCAUUCAAUGACACAACUGCCAAUAAGUCACACCUAAUUCCUUUCUUUCAGGGAUAAAAGCUAGUAAGGAUGUACUCUUAAGAGUCAUUUAUUGUGUACUAAAAUAUCGUUGAAAAGAUAUUAAUGUAAAUUUUUUAUUUAACAUCCAAAGCAUUUUCAAGACCAUUUUGCUGCCCAAGUACGUAAGUAUAGUUGGCCUGCAAGACACUUUUAUGGAUUCUGCAUAAAUAACUAUAUGUUGUUUACAAGGCUUAUUAAACACCUUUUUUGUAUUGUCUGGAAGUAGUCCACUCUAGUUAUGUAUUUGUUAAUUUAUUCAUCAUCAAGAGCACUUUGCCUAAAAGAAAGGACUGAUAAUUGUGCAAAAUGUUUACAAUUCUUUGUGAAAUUGUAGUUUAUCAUUAGUUUGUAUCUGUAAGUUAUUGUUAUAAAAAGUAUUACCUGUAUUUGAGUUAUAUACAGCCUAUACUUUAAAGCUUAUGUCUGUGAGUUGGCAAAAUAAAUUUCAUUUGCAAAUAUUUUCAAAUGAGCUGAAUA